AUGACUUUGUACGACAACCCAAAUGUAGGAAAUCCAUUGAGGCAAGAAGAUAUUUCACUUUACGCAUCCGGGAAUCCGCCAUUUGUAAAAACGCGACUAGGAGGAAUCUAUGGGAUUCGAAAGGAAUAUCUAGGCCGUUAUGUUGAUGCCUUUCUGGGUAUACCAUAUGCGCAACCGCCGCUCGGUCCACUUCGGCUCAAGGCGCCUGAACCCAUAUAUGCUUGGGAGACUCCAAUAAACGCCACUGAAUUUGGGCCUGCCUGCAGACAGUGGAGUGACGCAUGGCCAAUCCAUUUGACCCGGGGCGCAAGCUCUUGUUCCGAAGACUGCCUCUAUUUAAAUGUUUGGACACCUUCGGAAAAGAGUGACAAGAAACGACCCGUCAUGGCUUAUAUUCACGGGGGCGAUUUUCUGCUUGGGUCAGCGUCAUGGCCAGACUAUGAAGGCGGUCUGAUGUCUGCUUUUGGAGACGUCAUUGUGACGUCAAUGAACUAUCGUCUAGGCAAACUUGGCUUCCUCGACGCCAAGAGCCGCAGCGCACCCGGUAACCAAGGUCUGCUUGAUCAAAAUUUGGCCCUCAAAUGGAUCCACGACAACAUCGCCGUCUUUGGCGGCGAUCACGAGCAGAUAACCCUAUUUGGGAACGAUGCGGGCGCGGCAUCCGUCGGGUUACACAUUCUCUCACCGUUGAGUGCCGGACUCUUCAAGAGAGCAAUUCUCCAAAGUGGCAGCGCCUUCUGGAAGCUUAGACAAACCACGCUCGACAUCGGACACUUCCCUUUGGGUACUCAGGGCAACGGGAAAAUAACCGAUUGUUCAUCUUUUCCGCGCGAAAGUCGCUUUGCGAAUCGGCCAAUUCCACCGCACCGGGACGGACAGACCCUAAGAAGCUUCUCCUUUGACGACGGAGUCUAUAAAGGUCUGGACUACGGCGAGAUUUCAGCAGCUCGCGGAGGAGAAGAGGCAGCUAAUUUAAUUGGGCCAACGUACGAUAACGAGUUCUUGCCGCUUAACCCACAUAUGUCGGCUGCAAUGGGCCUGUUCAACGAUGUCGAAGUACUUAUCGGUUCAAAUAACAAUGAAGGCGCAUGGGAGUUUAUGAAAGCAAACCACUGGAAAAAUUUCACCGACGGUGACAACUUCAAAGCCAUCAACUUACUGAAGUUUAUCAAAAAUUUCUUCGAAGAGUUCCGCUUCCGGAACCUUAUCGGUGCCAAGGCAACCGAGGGUAUUUACUAUUACUUUGCUUCAAACCUGCGAGGCAACGAUGUCCAGCACAAUCGACAGUUCGCCUUUGACUUCAUCGGUGAUUUCGUUCACACCUGUCCGUUGACCUAUUUCGCGGAGGCCCUCGCUGACCGAAAUGUUUCUGUCAACUACUACAGAUUCGCGCACUCGUCUCAGCGUCGAACGCUACCCUCCGCUUGGCCUCUAUGGGUUGGAGCAAGCCAUAUGGAUGAGAUCCCGUUUGUCUUCGGUGCACCGCUCAUACAAUCAUCAGCAUAUUCGACCUCGGAGAGAGACUUGAGCGCCUCGAUAAUGGAUGCCUGGACAUCAUUCGCUAAGACGGGGAAACCAGUAACCCCAAAGGGACAAACUUGGCCGCGCUUCUCGAGGAAGCAUCCGGAUUACUUGCGAAUUUCGACGCAAGGAUUCAGUCAUCGCGAUUCUCCAUCCAAGGACAACUGUAACUUUUGGAGGACGUUCCACAAUUUCAAUAUGUGGCAACAUGCCAGCACAAUGGAUUAGUUUUAUCUUUUCAAACAUGUCGGGCCUAACUAUCAAUUACGUCUCCUUGGGCCCUGCGUGUAUCGCGGAGAAACGAGUAUCGGUAUCAGUCUAUAGGUUUCGAUAUUGAUUUAUGUCAAAGCAGCGAGGCUCAUGUACUUGUGACUUCGAAUUGCAAAUUAUUUUAAACAGAUUAUCAAAGGGAAAUCGUCUCUCAGGAACGUAUCGAUGAGCUAUGAAGGAUGAAGUUUUGAAAAACUUUUUACACGAUAGUAUAAUUGCAUAAAGAAAAUAUCGCAAGUUGAAGCGGCGUCAUAACACUAAUUGCGUUAAAUUGUUGGUAUAGAUAAGGCAGCCUGAAAUACCCUAGCGGUCUAGAUGUCCCGACUCCACCUUUCUUAAGCACUGUCGCCCGCUUAAGAGAUGCGUUUAAGCGUACAAUUUCAACGGUUGAAAACACGGUUGUGUUGGAUACGUUUCAAUGAAAUUCAAGAUGGGUUUAUCUAUUUUGUGUUACAUGCACAAGCGUAGCAUAGAUGGAAUGCAUACUCGUAACUGCCAGAUUUCAAUCAACCCUGCUCGUAUUUUUGGAAAAAAAUACCAUAUACGCAGUAUUUAUUAAGCCACAAUAUUUAUUAAUAAAAAUCAUAACA